GGGCUCCCCCUGUGCUCGGGCGGCCAGCCGGCCCGGGCGUCCGGAAGCCGUUGCGCCGAGCGCCGCAGCGUCAGACGUCGGAGCCGGUGAAUCAGCGCCGACCCCGAGGUUAGUGAGAAACGCGGUGGGAGCCCGGCGGCCCCAAGUCUGAGGAACCCGGGGACCACGUCAGGACCCAAGCCAGCACCUCGGAAACCCUCUCUAGGGUGGCACAGGGUGUAGGGAUGUUCUCUAAAGACAUGUGUGGGUGAUUUAUCUCUUCGGUGAUAGCGAGGCAGGCACUGCAAGGACUUGGCUUCUGAGGAGCAGUGUUUGGGAAGUAAUCAUAAAAUGAACAUCCGUUUCUGACCUAAAUUGUCAAGGAGGAGAAAUUUAAGAAUUAAAUUCUGCACUGCAAAGAACAUAACUUCAUCUCUUUCAAACACCUGUUGAGAAGCCCUUUUUUACCUCAUUUGUUUUUUUCUGAAUCGCAUUUCAUCUUUAUGGAUUGGAAAUGACUCGUGUUUACUCCCACUGAGCUGUUAAUUCUUUUAAAUCGAAGUUCCUACUCCCAGUAUAAUGACUCAAGCAGAAAUUAAACUGUGUUCUUUGUUGCUGCAAGAGCAUUUUGGUGAGAUUGUAGAAAAAAUUGGAGCUCACCUAAUCAGAACUGGCAGUCAGCCACUUAGAGUAAUUGCCCAUGACACAAAAACAUCACUGGAUCAGGUGAAAAAAGCCCUUUGUGUCCUCAUCCAACAUAACCUGGUGAUAUAUCAAGUACAUAAACGUGGUGUGGUGGAGUAUGAAGCCCAGUGCAGCCGGGUAUUGCGAAUGCUUCGGUAUCCCCGGUACAUCUAUACUACCAAAACGCUGUACAGUGAUACUGGAGAGCUGAUUGUUGAGGAGCUCCUGUUGAAUGGCAAAAUGACAAUGUCAGCUGUUGUGAAGAAAGUUGCAGACCGACUCACAGAGACCAUGGAGGAUGGCAAGACCAUGGAAUAUGCUGAGGUAUCAAACACAUUUGUACGACUGGCAGACACACACUUUGUACAGCGAUGCCCCUUGGUGCCUGCCAAUGAGAAUUCAGAUACUGGGCCACCACCACCUGCCCCCACCCUUGUCAUUAAUGAAAAGGACAUGUACCUGACUCCUAAACUGACCUUAGUAGGGAAAGGUAAAAGGAGGAGAUCAUCUGACGAAGAUGCUGCUGGGGAACCCAAGACCAAGAGACCAAAACAUACAGAUAACAAAGAGCCCAUUCCAGACGAUGGGAUUUAUUGGCAGGUGAACCUUGACAGAUUCCAUCAACACUUCCGUGACCAAGCUAUUGUCAGCGCAGUUGCCAAUCGGAUGGACCAGACAAGCAGCGAGAUCGUGCGGACCAUGCUCCGGAUGAGUGAGAUCACUACACCUUCCAGUGCCCCUUUUACCCAACCCUUGUCUUCCAAUGAGAUCUUCAGGUCCCUACCUGUUGGCUAUAACAUCUCUAAGCAAGUUCUUGAUCAAUAUCUUACUCUGCUGGCAGAUGAUCCACUAGAGUUUGUUGGAAAGUCUGGUGACAGUGGUGGAGGAAUGUAUGUCAUUAAUCUCCAUAAGGCAUUAGCAUCCCUAGCCACAGCUACCCUGGAGUCUGUCAUACAGGAGAGAUUUGGGUCUCGAUGUGCCAGAAUAUUCCGUCUAGUUUUGCAGAAGAAACACCUGGAACAGAAGCAGGUGGAGGACUUUGCAAUGAUUCCUGCAAAGGAGGCAAAGGAUAUGCUAUAUAAGAUGCUCUCAGAAAAUUUCAUAUCACUCCAGGAAAUUCCCAAAACGCCAGACCAUGCCCCAUCCAGGACCUUCUAUUUAUAUACUGUGAAUGUGCUGUCAGCUGCCCGAAUGUUGUUGCACAGGUGCUACAAGAGCAUAACCAACUUGAUAGAAAGGAGGCAAUUUGAAACCAAAGAGAACAAGCGUCUACUAGAAAAGUCUCAAAGGGUAGAAGCCAUCAUUGCAUCAAUGCAAGCCACAGGUGCAGAGGAGGUACAGCUGCAAGAAAUAGAGGAGAUGAUCACAGCCCCUGAACGUCAGCAGCUAGAGACCCUAAAACGUAAUGUCAACAAGUUGGAUGCCAGUGAGAUCCAGGUGGAUGAAACCAUCUUCUUGCUGGCGUCAUACAUCGAGAGCACUAUGAAGAGACAAUGACCCAGAGAAACAUCUUCCUCAAAAGAUCUGGGGGAUGGAAAGAAAAAAAAAGGAGGUGUCUGGAUGCACUCAUUGCAGUGGGA